UGGGCCCAGGCCAAGAUGUCGGUACUUUCGGGCAAGCGCGCAGCCCUCCGCCAUCCAUCCGUCCGUCUGUCCGUACGUGCGUGCGGCGCUGGGGCUAAUGGCUCCUCCAGCUGUUUGCAGGGGGCGGGGAGGGCUGGGGCGGCUGAGGCUGAAAAACUCGUUGCUCCUUCCCUCCCCGGUGCCAUCGCCGCUGCCGGCCUCACCGCCCGCCCCACAGACACAGGUUCGGGGGGCGACCCAGUUGAUGGCCCCAGAAGAGGCCAAAUGGAAGAAGGGCUGAUUAACUAUGUCGAAGAAAGAAAGCUGAAUGAGGGCAACGGGCUCAGCCUGGCAAAUGGGGGCCAGCCAGAGGUGGGGGGCAGCACGCUGAUGGAGCCAAGCAGCUGGCUGCCUGGCCAGUCGGCCCCUGCUGGCAAAGCCCAUCUGGAGGAUGCCAGAAACCUGGUGGCCUUCUCGGCAGUGGCUGAGGCUGUGUCCUCCUACCGGCUGCCUCCCCUGGACUCUCCCUCGCUGCUGUACAAGAAGUUUGACACCGAGAUGAGCAGGGGAGGGCUGAGCGAGGUGCUGGCGCCGCAGGACGGUAUGCCACAGGGAGAGGACCUGCAUGCCCUCAAGGCUGCCCUGGCCUUGGCCAAGCAUGGCAUGAAGCCCCCCAACUGCAACUGUGAUGGCCCUGAGUGCCCCGACUACCUGGAGUGGCUGGAGCAGAAGAUCAAAUCGGCUCUGGGCGAGGAGCCGGUGCCGGCCUCCCCACCACCCCCUGAGAAAGGUGCUAUUGCUCCCCAGCCGGUGCUUGAGACCGCUGAGCCAUGCCCGUCGGAUGGCCUCCCCUUUUCCCAAAGUGCACUGAACAUCGCCAAGGAGAAGAACAUCAGCCUGCAAACAGCCAUUGCCAUCGAAGCCCUAACGCAGCUCUCAGCCGCGCUCCCGCAACCCAGUGGUGAUGGGCAACCCACAGCCCCGCUGCCCCCGGGGCCCCUUGUCCCACCAGAGCCGGGGCCCCGCUUCCUCACACAGCCUGGUGCCUCACCAGAGCCGCUUUUUGGCACGGUGCCUCUGGCAGGGACCAGAGACCCCAUGGCAGAGCUGGAGCAGCUUCUGGGCAAUACUGACUACAUCAAGGCAGCUUUCAAGCGGCCCGAGGCUGGCAAAGCCCCCACAACAGCGGCGUUGAAGCCCCCUGAACGAGCGCUUGCCAAGGAUGUGGCAAGCGGCCCCCGCGUGCCACCGCUGCCACAGGAGCCCAAUUUGCACAAGAAGACGCAGCUGGUCCUGCAGCAGCAUCUCCAUCACAAGCGCAGCCUUUUCCUUGAGCAGAGCCUAGCCGUGGCCACCCCAGAGCGGCCGCCUGGCUGGUGGGCACCCAGUGCCCUGGCUGGGCCACCCAAACCCUUUGAAAAGCAGGCCAAAGAGAAAAAGAAGAAAACACAGCCCGAAAAGCCAGCCCGCAAGCAAGUGCAGAUCAAGAAGCCCAAGCAGAAAGACUCACAGCCGCUCUUCCUGCCCCUUUGGCAAAUCAGUCUGGAGGGGUUUCGGGCACCUGCUGAGCCCCCAACUGAAGAGAUGCAAACCGAGCCGCCACCACCUGCCUUCCCGCUCCAGCAGUCUCUUGCACUACCCCUGCCCACCACUCCCAAUUCUCAGGAAAGGGGUGCCCCUGGGGGGGGCCCCCAAAGCCACCUGCCAAUAACACCAAGCUCAUCUGGCUCAGAAGAAGUGCUGUCUGCCCCACCAGCCCCCAUUGUAGUGGAUGACAAGCUGGAAGAGCUCAUCCGGCAGUUCGAGGCUGAAUUUGGGGAGAACUUCAACCUGCAGCCUCCUGGGACAGCUGAGCUGCGGGGGGGUCCGGCACCAGCCUCACAAAUGCCCCCCACUGCCAGCACCACCACCUUGGCCUCUAGCAGCUCUCCCCAGCCUGUCUCCAAAAGCUUUUCACUUUCACCAGGGAAGGGACCGCUUUUGGAGCCUACUUUCUCUGCACGGUCCCCCAAACAGAUCAAAAUUGAGUCUUCUGGUGCUAUCACUGUGGUGUCAACCACGUGCUUUUACUCUGAGGAGAGCCAAAACACUGAUGAGGCAGAGGGGACACCCACCAAGGAUGAGGUGCCACUGACGCCAACCCUCAGCGGUUUCCUGGAGUCACCACUGAAAUACCUGGACACGCCGACCAAGAGCCUGUUGGACACCCCAGCCAAGCGCGCACAGGCAGAGUUCCCCACUUGUGACUGUGUCGAGCAAAUUGUGGAGAAGGAUGAGGGGCCAUACUACACCCACCUGGGCUCGGGGCCCACUGUGGCGUCCAUCCGGGAGCUGAUGGAGGAGCGGUACGGUGAGAAGGGCAAGGCCAUCCGCAUUGAGAAGGUCAUCUACACUGGGAAGGAGGGGAAAAGCUCCCGGGGCUGCCCCAUCGCCAAGUGGGUGAUCCGGAGACACAACCAAGAGGAGAAGCUGCUGUGUUUGGUGCGUCACCGGGCCGGCCACCACUGCCAGAAUGCCGUAAUCAUCAUCUUGAUCCUGGCUUGGGAGGGUAUUCCCCGCACUCUGGGUGACACGCUAUACCAGGAGCUCACUGACACUCUCACCAAGUACGGCAACCCCACCAGCCGUCGCUGCGGCUUGAAUGAUGACCGGACUUGUGCAUGCCAAGGCAAAGACCCCAACACCUGUGGUGCUUCCUUCUCCUUCGGCUGCUCCUGGAGCAUGUAUUUUAAUGGCUGCAAAUAUGCCCGAAGCAAAACUCCACGGAAAUUCAGGCUGGUGGGGGACAAUCCCAAAGAGGAAGAGCUGCUCCGGAAAAGCUUUCAGGAUUUGGCCACUGAGGUUGCUCCACUUUACAAAAGGCUGGCACCACAGGCCUACCAAAACCAGGUUACCAACGAGGAUGUCGCAAUAGAUUGCCGUCUGGGCUUGAAGGAGGGGAGGCCGUUUUCAGGGGUGACAGCGUGCAUGGACUUCUGUGCUCAUGCUCACAAAGAUCAGCAUAACCUCUACAAUGGCUGCACAGUGGUCUGCACGCUGACAAAAGAAGACAAUCGCGUGGUAGGGAAGAUCCCUGAAGAUGAACAGCUGCACGUCCUCCCCCUCUACAAGAUGUCCAGCACAGACGAGUUUGGCAGUGAGGAGAACCAAAACGCAAAGGUGGGCAGUGGGGCCAUCCAGGUGCUUACAUCUUUCCCCCGUGAGGUCCGCAAACUACCUGAACCUGCCAAGUCCUGUCGGCAGAGGCAGCUGGAAGCAAAGAAAGCUGCCGCAGAGAAGAAGAAGCUACAGAAAGAGAAGCUGAUGACACCAGAGAAGAUCAAGCAGGAAGCGCUCGAACUUCCCACACUCCAACAAAAUGCAGGUAUGGCGUUGAAAAGUGGGAUCCCCCCACAGCCGCUGAAACCUUCCAUCAAGGUGGAGCCGCAGAGCCAUUACAACGCUUUCAAGUACAACGGCAAUGCAGUGGUGGAGAGCUACUCGGUGCUGGGGAGCUGCCGGCCCUCUGACCCUUACAGCAUGAACAGUGUUUACUCUUACCAUUCCUACUAUGCACAGCCCAAUCUGCCUUCUGUGAAUGGGUUUCACUCAAAGUUCACGCUUCCUUCCUUCGGGUAUUAUGGUUUUUCCAGCAACCAUGUAUUCCCCUCGCAGUUUCUGAAUUAUGGGGCAACCGAGAGGGUGAACAACACCUACGAGAAGAAGCCCAACAUCCAGGCAUUGCAGGAGAACCUCAACCACACCUACAGGAACACAGAUUUCCCUGAGCCCAUCCCACACAAUGUCCGGAGCAAAAAUCAUCACCAGCGCACCUACGAGCGGGCCAGUCGGUAUGCCAGCCAGCAGAAGGCAGUGGCUGGGGUGCACAGGACUAGCACAGGCUCAGAGGAUGCACCGCCAUUUGCACAGAACUGUUUUGGCAGCAGGGCCAUCAAGCAGGAGCCCUUGGACCCCCCACCCAGCAUUGAGCCCCUUCCCAGUGCAGCAGCAGCUGUACCCGGCACUGACCUGGCCCUUCCAGUCGUCCCUGUGCCAGCAUGUGGUGGGGGCCCAGAGCAGCAUUGGAGCCCAUACAAAGUGUCCCGAGGUGCGUCUUCUCCUGAGAGGACUAGUACGGCAGAGAGCUCGUGGAGCAGCCUGGUGCCAGGCACCAGCCCCGCAGGCUCAGGUGGACGAGAGAAGCUGAGCGCCUUUGAUGCUGCCGUGCGCUUGCCGCUGCCAGAGAAGCAGUGGCCUGAUGUCCUGUCAGGAGAAGCAGCAGCAGCAUGUGGCUCGAGCUUGCUGCCGAAACCAUGGAGCCCCUGCAAGCUGGGCGAGGCAGUGCUGGCGAGUGCAGGCACACCAACCCUGCGGGACAAGGGCUGGGAGCUGGGGCCGCUGGGCUUCAGCUCGGCCCUGCCAGGGCUGCCCAGCUUCCCCGAGGAACCAUGGGGCUCAGCCAAGGUGGAGGAGCAGAGGACACCGGCACCCAUCCCAGGGCUGCCUGAAAAGGCGUGGGAGGCAGCAGUGCAUGAGAAGGGUGCGGUGGGGUCCCAAAGGGAGAAGCCAUGGGAUCCUUUUGGCCUGGAGGAGGGCAUCGAGGAGCUGCCAGAGAAGACGGUGAAGGAGGAGGAAGAGGAGGAAGAAGAGGAAGAAGAGGAGGAGUGGUCAGACAGUGAGCACAACUUCCUGGAUGAGAACAUUGGUGGUGUGGCUGUGGCACCUGCCCAUGGCUCCAUCCUCAUCGAAUGCGCCCGCCGUGAGCUGCAUGCCACCACUCCGCUGAAGAAGCCCAAUCGAUGCCACCCCACCCGCAUCUCCUUGGUUUUCUACCAACACAAGAACUUGAACCAGCCCAACCAUGGCUUGGCACUGUGGGAGGCCAAGAUGAAGCAGCUGGCUGAGCGCGCCCGUGCUCGGCAGGAGGAGGCUGCACGCCUCGGUCUCCAGCAGGAUGCCAAGGCCUUCGCCAAAAAGCGCAAGUGGGGUGGUGCAUUGGCAGCCGAGGCGCCCAGCAAGGAGAGGAGGGACUUGGUCCCCACGCGGCAGGCAGUGGCUAUCCCCACCAACUCUGCCAUCACUGUGUCCUCCUAUGCCUACACCAAGGUGACAGGCCCCUACAGCCGCUGGAUCUGAGGCGGAGGCAGCUGCCGCAGCCCAUCUUACCUCAAAGUCAGCAGCACUGGAGCACCGGUGUUGCUUUGUGGUGCUUUCUCCUCAGGCAUGGGGGAGAAGAAAACAAACAAACAAAAAAACACACAAAAAAAAAACAGAAAAGCAAAAUAAAUCCAACACAUACUUGGAAAAAAUGAAACCAACUCGGGUGCAAGCCAUUGGAAAGCUGCACUUGGUGAGAAGUAGGAAAAAAACAAAGGAACAAUGCUCUUUGGCAUUUUUUGGUAAUCUAAUAUUUAUAUCUCUGUUUUUUUAAUCUAUCCUUGUGCACUGCAAGAAUGGAGAGAGAAGUUUAUAGCAUCCUUUCACAAAGGAGAAGUUUUUAAUUCCACUUAAAACAUAUUUAUUGGAAUUUUUUUGUUUUACUCCAACAACAAUGACAAAGGUGAUCUUCAGAAAAGAAGCAAACAUAAAUAAACAAACAACAGCUACAACAACAAAUACCCAGGAAACAACCCAAACACCAAACCAGCUUAACAAAGCAAGAGGUGAAUCUCUCCAGCUCCCAUGCAUGGAGACUAGCAGGGAUUGCAUGUUAGAGUCACCUGGAAACGUGCUUUAUUAGCUGGACACACUGAACAUCUGAUUUUAUUUUUUUUCCAAGGACCUACAAAACUUAUUUUGCAACUCGAGGAGUUCUUUCUUACAGAUACGGGAGGCCCAUUCGCAGGCAGUAUGUCCUGGAAUGGUGUGCUCACGUGUGGCUUUUUGCUGCUGGCGAGCUUGGCUCUGCCAGGAUGGCGCUUUUCCUGGCACUGGAGACUUCAGGACACCUCUGGGCUCAGAGCACUGAGGUGAGGACGCUGCUCCCAGGGAGCUAAGCUUACGCUCAGAUCUGGGGGCUCCUUUGCCAGUGGCCCCAAGGAGAAGAGGAGCAGCUCAGCGGUGGCUGCACCUCCAAGGAGCCAAUUGGAAUAAACAAACAAACAAACAAACAAACCAGAAAAAAAAAAAAAAAAAAAAAAAAAAAACACAACACAGAACUGUGAAUAGCUAGUGUUGCUCUCUGUACAUCACUGUUGCUAAAGUCUGGUGCUUUCAGUCUCUGGGGGACUUUCUCCAUGUGAUCGGCUCUGGGAAGAGUGAAUCCAAGACUUGACUCUCCAAAUGUGCCAGUCUCAUUGUGCAUGCAAGCGGCCUCUCUGAGCAAGCCAGCUUGGUGGCAAGCACUGCUUGAGCGUGGCACUAUUCUCUCCCCAGGUGCUGUCAUCUCUCCUUCCUAUGGAUCACCGUUCUUCCCGCAAAACAAACAAACAAACAAACAAAACAGAACAAAAAAAAACAACAGCAACAACAACAAAAAAAAA